CCUUGUCUUUGAAUUGGAGAAAGAAAAGAGUUGUUACUACAGUCAAAAAGGCAAUUGUGGUUUCUUCAGUAAAAAUUCUGCAUCACAGGGAGUACAUGAACGAUCUGAUGAUUCUACCACUCAUGAAGCAGCUGAACAAAUUGAGGAACAAGGCCCCUCCUCGCCAAAAAGAAAAAGAGGUCGUACUCAAAUGUCAAGUGUUCAUGGUAGAAAGGAGCGUAAAAUAAUCAUUCUAAAUGAGUAUAAUCAACCCGUUGAUCCUACUAAAGAGGUUGUAAAAGAGUUGGGUAGCUUCCUCGGCACAUUG